CAUUUCGAAAAAUUAGGAUUUGAAAAUUUCUAAGUUGGAAAGCAACGUGGAUAUUUGCACACGUGUAGAAUUGACUUUGCUGAAAUUGCAAGGACUAGUGUGGAGUUUUUGAUAUAUUUUUAAUUUUUUUUUAAUUUGGUAGUAUAUACUGCAGAACUGGAGGGCGGUAAUAGAAAUAGAAUGUCAGACCAGUCACCGCAUUCGAGUAUAGCAAACGGCGGCGCUGGUUCGAGCAGCAACGUCGCAAUGAUCUCUUCCUGGUACAACGGAAGAUGCGUCCUGGUCACAGGAGCUACUGGUUUCAUGGGCAAAGUAUUGGUUGAGAAGUUGUUGCGCUCUUGUCCAGGAAUCAGGAGGGUCUAUUUGCUCCUUAGGCCGAAACGAGGUGUCGAACCGGAACAGAGGCUGAGAGAGAUGACAGGAAUUACUUUGUUCGAUACAAUAAGAAGAAACCAACCACAUUUGCUUUCGAAGCUGCACGCGAUUCCUGGUGACAUCACGUCUCCUGGUCUCGGCUUGAGUGCAGAGCACGCGCAGUUACUUCAACAAGAAAUCAGCGUCGUUUUCCAUUCGGCGGCAACUGUUAAAUUUGAUGAAAAGCUCAGAUUAAGUGUGGAAAUGAACGUUCUGGGCAUGCAGAGAUUAGUAGAACUGGCAAAGAAAAUGACAAAUUUGGAGGCAUUUGUUCACGUGAGUACAGCUUAUUGCAAUUGCGACCAAGAGGUUGUUGCCGAAAAAGUGUAUCCUCCACCAGCCGACCCAGAAACCGUUAUAAAAUGCAUCGAUGUGCUAGAUGAUCAGAUAUUGGACACUGUUACAAAAUCAUUAAUCGGAAAUAGACCAAACACUUACACAUUUACCAAAGCUAUGGCUGAGAGCGUAAUAGUUGAAAUGAGUGCAGGUUUGCCAGUGGCAAUCGUUCGCCCUAGUAUAGUUACGGCGGCUUGGAAGGAACCAUUACCAGGAUGGGUCGAUAAUUUGAACGGACCCACAGGACUUUUGGCUGGAGCUGGCAAAGGUAUUCUUAGGACAAUAGUCUGUCACAGAGAUUUGCUAGCUGAUUUCAUGCCAGUUGACGUUUGUAUAAAUCUGUUGAUUACUGUAGCUUGGCAUACGGGAAUUAACAGACCUUCGUCUAUUCCCGUGUACAAUUGCACAUCAGGAGCCGUCAAUCCAGUGACUUGGGGUCAAUUGGAGAGUGAGGGUCACAAAAGCCUUUUGAGAAAUCCAUUCUCUGGUGUACUGUGGUACCCAGGAGGUUCAUUCAAGAGAUCACGCAUUUAUAACUCAGUUUGUGUCACGGCUUUUCAUACUAUUCCGGCGUACUUAAUUGAUGUUAUGGCUAGACUUUCUGGAAAGAAACCAUUUAUGUUGAACGUCCAAACAAAACUGCACCGUGCCACAUCUUGUCUGGAAUUCUUCACAACCCACGAAUGGCGUUUUCCAAAUGACAACGCCCAACGUUUGUGGCGAUCCUUGAGUGAACAGGAUAGAACCCAAUUUCCAUUCGAUGUCACCGGAUUAGACUGGACCAAAUAUUUGGAAUGCUACGCUUUAGGAACCAGGAGAUAUAUUAUGAAGGAGGACGAUUCGACGCUGCCGAAAGCUAGGGUGCAUCUACAAAGGAUGUUAUGGCUAGAUAGAUUCGUGAAAGUCCUUUUAUUAUUCAUGACCUGGCGAAUCCUGAUUCGUCACAGCGCCAAAGCGCAAUAUUUGAACCGCAUGCUCUGGCGAAUACUGCACAUGUUCCGGAGACAGGUUACGAAAGCUUGA